AGGCCCGGAGCCAGGGACAGUAGGAGAUAGAGAGGAGCUGUGUGCAGGCAGGAGAGCGGCUAAUACGGUGACCCGGAUCUGACAGUACCGCUUAUAUAACACCCGAAUCUUUUAUUCAGGAGGAGUUCUAUUGUGUGAAGAUGUUUAAUCAACAGCAGCAGCAGUUCCACCAGCUAAUGCAGCUCCAGCAGCUUCUACAGCAACAACAACAGCAGCAGCAACACACCGUACAGCACCAACAUCAAGCACCGCGACCGAUGCAGCCGCCUGUACAGCAUCAACAACCCCAGCAGAUGUUGAACCUGACUGCGGCCAAUCCAGCAAGACUUUUAAAUGCUCAUCCCAUGUUACAACGAGCUCUGCUCAUGCAACAGAUGCAGGGGAAUAUUCGGGGUCUUAGCAUGGGAGCCCCUCCGAUGCCUCACUUCUUUUCAGCGGCAGCCAGACAGUCCAUCCUAGGAACCCCUCCUUUGGGAGUGACCGUUAAGGCUCCAAGAAUGGGAUUUCCUUCAAUGCCUUUCCAACAGCAUCACCGCAUGUAUCAGAAGGACCAUUACAGAAGUUAUGACCGGAAGAGGGAAGGUGGUCAAGCCUCAACCAUUCAGGCCAAGGACAAUGACAACAAGCUGUCCAACAGAGUAGAAGCUGAGCUUCCGCCGGCAGCCUCUGAGGCUGAUGAAAGCGUUGGCUCAUCAGAGGACUCCGAAAAUCUAACUGAAUGCAGCAUUAUCGACCCCCUUGAGCCCUCAGCCAAGAAAGCAAGGAGCAGCUCAGCGAAUGAUGUGGAGGAGGCUGCAUUCCCAGCUGGAGGAACCACAGAGGAAGGAGAUGGGAAAAGAGAGCGCAGCGUGGAAUCUAAAUCCACCGAGGGUGGCGGCGGAGGUCGUGCCCUCAAGGUGACCAUCCAGCAGAGAAGUGAGAGUCGCACUAUAAGCACAACAAUGUUAAAACCAAAAUGCAGCGGCUCCUCCAGUCCCAGGUUCUGCUGCUACAUCUGCAAGAGCAACUUCCAUAGUUUGCAGCCCUUCCAGUCUCAUCUGUUAACCGCUCGCCACCAGCAGAAGCUGAAGGAAAUCCAGCAGCUCAGCAAUGCCUGCCUGGUGACCCUGAUGCCCACCGCCAAAGAUGGUCAAGGCACUGCAGCAGGAAUAGACGGGAAGAAGCAGUCGAAAUGGUGCAAUGUCUGUCAGAUCCAUUUCAGUUCGGACCUCAUCAAACAUCGCAGAACCCAGGAACACAAGAUGGCCAAGCGUUCCAUGCGGCCAUUUUGCACAGUUUGCAGCCGUCAUUUCAAGACCCCUCGCAAAUUCGUAGAACACAUGAAGUCUCCAGAGCACAAGAUGAAAACCCAGGAGGCAAGAUUGCAUGAGAAAGAACCCUGGACUUUAGAGGAGUCAGAGGAACUCAUUACAGUGGAUGCUGUUGGAUGUUUUGAGGACGAGGAAGAUGACGACGAGGAAGAAGAAGAGGGAAUAAGCGAGGAUGACUCUUCUGCAGAUACAGAAUGUCUUCUGACUGAAGAUGCAACAACUGGUUUUGCAGAACAUGAAGAAUGGGAUGAGUACAGUGCAGACACUACAUAUGGCCUGGAUUUUAUCGUCCCUGUGGCGGGUUAUCUCUGCAGGCUGUGUCACAAAUUCUACCCUAGUGACUCUGCGGCCCGGCUGUUACACUGCAAGUCCCUGACACAUUAUCAGAACGUCCAGAAAUACAAAGCAUCGAAGAGCCAUACCGACCCACAGGUGGAAUCUGGACCUUACACCAAAAUAGCAGAGAUUCAGGAGGAUGAAGGCGCUUUACCCAUCAGUGGAGACAAACCGUGCACACUGCUUGAUCAGUCAAAUGCUGGUCCUGCAGCUCUGCAAGGAGAGCCAGAGCAGGGAUGUGGCACUCUACAGACAGAAUGCCAGGCAGGCCAGGGAGAUGGAAACCUGGCCCUGAUGGGGGAAAGUGAGAACAAUUCUAUUGCUAGUGGAGGGUCAAAAGCAGCAAUUGAUCUCUUGGUGGCUACGAGUGAAGAAGACGCAGGAUAUCUGCUGGAGUCAGAAACUCUGUUGUUGGGAAAGAAUUUGGAGAGCGACAGUGCUGCUGGAAUAUCGAUGUUGCAAGAGGAAAAUUCUACAACCCAAAAUGACUCUGCCUCUCUUUCUAACAGGCGCUCCUCUCGGCAUAGAUAUCAGUGAUCCCCGCACCAUUUACUGCAAAUGCUUCAAACAUCAUCUCAUGAAUUGAAAGUUGGUUCUUUAAACUAAAACGUAGGAGAAAGAAUUUGAGACAGUAGUGUAGUUAGAUAGAUGACAGAGGUGAAGACACUGUAUCCUUAUUUAUUCCCAACAAAAAAGGACAGUUUGAUCUUUUUACCAGUUAUAUUAGGGCUACCCUGCAUUGAUUUUCCAGUCCUAGAAAAGCAUGCGUAUCAUAGUUGAGCACAACAAAUUUGAAAAUAAGGUGGAGAAUGUAUACAUAUUUUAGAUCAGGUGUGCCCAAAAAUUUUUUGAACUACAACUCCCAUGAUGCUUUGCAUGCCUUCAGAAUGGCAAGGCACCAUGGAAGCUGUAGUUUUAGAAACAUAUGGAGAUCUACUUUUUGGGCACCCCUGUUUUAGAUUAUACAUGCAUUUAAGUGCGUCAGGAUGUUAAACGUUCCCAUCAUCUUUAUUUGAACCUUAAUUUAUGCCAGAAUAGUGGCUCCCUGCUGUUGUUAUUUCAUUUUUGAAUAGGAUCCUUAAAGAACAGAUUGUAAUGAUGGCAUAGACCGUUAGUGGUCCUUAAGGAAUUAAGAGCGCUACUUAUGCAUAAUAGGAACAUACAGUCCUAUAUGCAAAAUAAAUUGCAGUGAAAAUUUCAAUAUAAUUUACUAUUUUGACAACUAGCAAAGAUAUGACUUUCUUUAGUUUACUGAAUAUAGAACACAUUAGGAAUGGAAAGUGGAGCUACAUUGUUUAGAACGGGCUACAUCUCCCUGUACAUAGAUUGUUGAUCCUUUAGAUGUUGUACCCAGUAGCAUUUAGUUUUUUAGGGGCAAUUUAAUUUUGGAAUGUAGUCAUGUGACUCAAGAAAAGGGUAUGGGUACAUUGAAAGUAUUUAUUCCCAUAGAGCCAGUAAAACCAAACUUUUAGAAGCUUUGAAAACACAUAAUAACCGCUAACAUUCAGCCAUAAACUUCGCUACCUAAAAAACACCUCAAGUGGCUGGCUGAAGUUUAUAGGACAGGUAUCUUGCUCAAGAUGGAGUGUUUAAGAGCCUCUGCAGCUCUUUGCACUACAUUUCCCAUGGUGCUCACACAGGUGGAAUGUACAUAAACCGGAUCUAAACUAUUCCAAUGA